AUGGCGGCUCCUGCCCAGCCACUCCGCGGCCUGCUCCGGCUGAUGGCCACCCUGAACCCGGGCUCUCGCAGGUAUAGGGCGCCGCCACCCCCACGCCGCUCUCCAGGGCCCUGGUGGCCGAACCCGGAGGACCCGCUCACCCCACGCUGGCAGCUGGAACCGCGCUAUGCGGCCAAGCAGUUCGCUCGGCACGGCGCCGCCUCCGGGGUGGCCCCGGGUUCACUGUGGCCAUCGCGGGAGCAGCUGAGCGAGCUGGAGGCCGAGGAGCGCGAGUGGUGCCCUAGCCUAGCGGCCAUGCAGGAGUCGCUCCGCGCUCAGCAGCUGGCCGAAGAACAGAAACGUCAGGCCAGGGAGCAACUCAUCGCGGAGCAGAUGGCCAAGAUGCCACAGAUGAUUGAGGAUUGGCGGCGGCAGCAGCGGGAACGCUGGGAGAAAGCACAGGCAGAUAAGGAACGGCGGGCAAGGCUGCAAGCUGAGGCCCAGGAGCGCCUAGGCUACCAUGUGGACCCGAGGAGCACCCGUUUCCAGGAACUGCUGCAGGACUUGGAGAAGCAGCAGCGCAAGCGCCUCAAGGAGGAAAAACAAAGGCAGAAAAAGGAAGCACGAGCUGCUGCAGUGGCCACUGCUGCCAUCCAGGAUCCAGCUACCUCAGAGGCAGCCAGCUCCUAA